AUGCCUUCGCUCUCCUGCCACAACCUCCUCGACCUCGCCGAGGCCGACGAGGUGCCCCUGUCGUCGCCCACGCCGCUCCGCCUCCCGCGCGUCAUGUCCGUCGCGUCCCCGGGCUCGCCCACCUCCCCGUCCCCGCCCGCCCCGCCGCGCCGCGUCAUCGUCUCCCACCGCCUGCCGCUCCGCGCGACGCCGGACCCGGCGGUCCCGUUCGGGUUCAACUUCUCUGUCGACUCCGGCACCGUCGCGUACCAGCUCCGCUCGGGGCUGCCCGCCAACGCGCCCGUCCUCCACAUCGGCACCCUCCCAGCGGUGGCGGCGGAGGCCGCCUCAGAUGAGCUGUCCAACUACCUGCUGGCCAAUUUCUCGUGCCUGCCGGUGUACCUUCCCACCGACCUCCACCACCGCUUCUACCACGGAUUCUGCAAGCACUACCUCUGGCCGCUCCUACAUUACCUGCUCCCGCUGACGCCGUCGUCGCUGGGCGGCCUCCCGUUCCAGCGGACGCUCUACCACUCCUUCCUCUCGGCGAACAGGGCCUUCGCCGACCGCCUCACCGAGGUGCUGUCCCCCGACGAGGACCUCGUCUGGAUCCACGAUUACCACCUCCUCGCGCUCCCGACCUUCCUCCGCAAGCGCUUCCCGCGCGCCAAGGUCGGAUUCUUCCUCCACUCGCCCUUCCCCUCGUCGGAGAUCUUCCGCACCAUCCCCGUGCGGGAUGACCUCGUCCGCGCCCUCCUCAACGCCGACCUCGUCGGCUUCCACACCUUCGACUACGCGCGCCACUUCCUGUCCGCGUGCUCGCGGCUGCUCGGCCUCGACUACCAGUCCAAGCGCGGCUACAUCGGCAUCGAGUACUACGGCCGCACCGUGAUGGUCAAGAUACUCCCCGUCGGGAUCGACAUGGGCCAGCUCAGGUCGGUGGUCUCGGCGCCGGAGACGGAGGAUGCGGUGCGGCGGGUGACCGAGGCGUACAAGGGGCGGCGCCUCAUGGUCGGCGUCGACGACGUCGAUCUGUUCAAGGGGAUCGGGCUCAAGUUCCUGGCGAUGGAGCAGCUGCUCGUGGAGCACCGGGAGCUCCGCGGCCGCGCCGUGCUGGUGCAGAUCGCCAACCCUGCGCGCAGCGAGGGGCGCGACGUGCAGGGCGUGCAGGUCGAGGCCAGGGCCAUCAGCGCCCGGGUCAAUGCGCGCUUCGGCACCCCCGGGUACACGCCGAUCGUGCUCAUCGACGGCCCGGUGACGGCGCAGGAGAAGGCCGCCUACUACGCGGCCGCCGAGUGCUGCGUGUUGAGCGCUGUGCGCGACGGGCUCAACCGGAUUCCCUACAUCUACACGGUGUGCCGGCAGGAGAGCACCGCGCUCGGAGACGACGCGCCCAAGCGGAGCGUCAUCGUGCUCUCCGAGUUCGUCGGUUGCUCCCCGUCCCUCAGCGGCGCGAUCCGCGUCAACCCGUGGAGCGUGGAGUCCGUCGCGGAGGCCAUGAACGCCGCGCUGCGGAUGCCCGAGACCGAGCAGCGGCUGCGGCAUGAGAAGCACUACAAGUACGUGAGCACCCACGACGUCGCCUACUGGGCGCGGUCCUUCGACUCGGACCUGCAGCGCGCCUGCAAGGACCAUUUCUCGCGCCGGCAUUGGGGCAUCGGGUUCGGCAUGAGCUUCAAGGUGGUGGCCCUUGGCCCCAAUUUCCGGCGGCUCUCCGUGGAGCACAUUGUCCCAUCGUAUCGGAGGACGGAGAACCGGCUGAUUCUCCUGGACUACGACGGCACCGUGAUGCCGGAGAAUUCCAUCGACAGGACGCCGAGCAGUGAGGUCAUCUCUGUGUUGAAUUGUCUGUGCGAGGACCCCAAGAACAGAGUGUUCAUCGUGAGCGGGCGGGGGAAGGACGAGCUGAGUAGGUGGUUCGCCCCCUGCGAGAAGCUGGGCAUCGCCGCGGAGCACGGUUACUUCACAAGGUGGAGCAGGGACGCGCCAUGGGAGACCUCAGGAUUGGCCGCCGAUUUCGACUGGAAGAAGACCGCGGAGCCGGUGAUGCAGCUGUACACGGAGGCAACAGAUGGCUCGUACAUCGAGCACAAGGAGAGUGCCAUCGUCUGGCACCACCACGAGGCGGAUCCGGACUUUGGAUCCUGCCAGGCCAAAGAGCUGCUCGACCAUCUCGAAAACGUGCUCGCCAACGAACCCGUGGUGGUGAAGAGAGGCCAGCACAUCGUCGAGGUUAACCCCCAGGGCAUCAGCAAAGGCGUGGUUGUGGAAAGCUUCCUGUCGUCUAUGGUCAAAACGGGGAAGCCGCCGGACUUCGUGCUGUGCAUCGGCGACGACCGGUCGGACGAGGACAUGUUCGAGAGCAUCGUGUGCCCCUCCAACAGCAGCGUGAAGCUCCCGGCCAGCAGCGAGGUGUUCGCGUGCACGGUGGGCAAGAAGCCGAGCAUGGCCAAGUACUACCUGGACGACACGGUGGACGUGAUCAAGAUGCUGGACGGCCUGGCCAGCGCGCCGACGCAGCGGCCCAGGCCGGCGGUGCAGCUCCGGGUCUCGUUCGAAGGUUCGCUCUGA